UGGACUGUAGCCAGCUCCACAUACCAUCAACUCAAUAUUGCCGUAUGCUUGUUCAGCAAGCUGCAGCGGCUAACGUUAGCUAUCUUUAAAUGGGAAGUAACGUUAGGUUACCUUUAAAACGUUGCGGACACACGAUGUGACAACCUUCGGUUUUAAGGAUUAUUUGAGAGGUGGGACUCAAUUUUAUAUGCCCUAUUUAGUCUCAUACGGCUUUGUUAGCUAACGCGACAACAACGUUAGCUUUAGCUAAGUUAGCUAACGUUACCUAGCUCUUUCUGCCUGCAUCGCAUGCGUUCCCCAGAUAAACAGUCAUAUACCCUCAAUUUUUAAUGCCACUUCAGCGACAAAAUAGCUUGGUUUAACCAUACAACGGUCGGGGUUUCUCUGUCACGAGAAAGCCUGUUGAAACUCAACUAAAAAACAUUUCAUCUUAGUCGCCCUGCCCAUUUGCAGAUGUUCCAUGCAUCAUGUAACUGUCUUAACAUGCAACUUUUUCUGAAUUACCUCAGUAUUCUUUCCAGUUAGAGAGGCUUUCUGUAACGCUAGCUCAAUAACAACCUAUUACAUUUUUACAGUUUAGAAUUGAUUCGUCUCUAAUUCCCUCCACCCUCAUCUAAUAAAUCACAGUGCUGAUGUGCAGUUUGAUCCCUUACAAGUCACCAUUAUAAAUAGCCAAGAUGAAUUGCUCUUUGGAUCAUAUUAAUCGCAUCUCAACAAGCGAUUGUGCUAUAAAAAUACCCCACAAUAGGGCUUUGUCGCUGCAUAACUCUGUUUCAGUGAUGCUGCGUAUCUGUCAAAGAAGGCCACCUGGUGGCCAGAGGAAUAUUUGUGCAUCUCCUCAACUGGGUUAAUCUCCGAGUAGGCUUAUUUAUCAUUCAUAUCAUUUACAGGCCAAGCUGUAGCUAAACAAAAAUAAUCAAACAGAAAAAUUCCAAGUAGGACUGGCUGAACAACAGUUUCAAAAAUGCUCACCUGUGGUGUCUUCAUUUGCCAACACACCACAUUGCUGGUUGUCAACAAGCUGUAAGAUUAGGGCUGCAGUCAUGGGCCCAGACACUGCAUCGGCCCCUAAAACAGAAUCUUCAGAGGAAAGUCCAGGAGAAGUCGUCAUGAAGGUGAUCUCAGAAUCAAAUUCCAAUGAUGCUUCAACCGCUACUGAGCCCGAGAACUCCAAACAGCCAGAGAGCAACAUAUCAGACAAGUGUUACACUUGCUCCAUCUGUGGAAAGGUAUUUGACAGACCAUCAAAGCUAGAGAGGCACAAACCUGUACACGCGAAGAAACCUAAAACUCUUCAUCAGUGUCAGCACUGUGAUAAGAGUUUCACACAAGAAGAGAAGCUGAUCCGACACCAGAAUUGCCACAGUAGGACUAACAAGCACCCCUGUCCAGACUGCGGAAAGGUUUUCAACAGGCCUUCAAAGUUAGAGAGACACAAGCACACGCACUCAAAGAAACCGAAGGUGCCUCACCAGUGUUCAUACUGCAUGAAGACUUUCAGUAAGCUUAACAAACUUGUCCGUCACAAGCGAAUUCACACUGGGGAGAAGCCUUUUACCUGCUCGGUCUGCGGAAAGGGAUUCUCCGAGUCGGGUCACUGCAAAGCGCAUGAAAAGACGCACGAAGAGCAGCCGGAAAAACCCCACUGCUGUGCCGACUGUGGGAUGUGCUUCUUCAAGGCCUCAGAGCUCCGUCGCCAUUUCCGCUCCCACACAGGAGAGAAACCUUUUAGAUGCACCCUGUGUGAGAGCUGCUUCUCCCGCUCUGAGGGACUUAAAAGACACAUGAGGAGCCACACCGGGGAAAGACCAUACAAAUGCAUUAUCUGCGGAAAGGGCUUUUAUUCUCGUCAGGAUUUGAAUAUUCAUGGUUUGAUCCACUCAGGAGAGAAACCACAUCUUUGCCCCGUGUGUGGCAAAGGCUUCUCACAGCUGGGCAACAUGAAAGAACAUGAACAAAAUGUUCAUAUUAAGUCCGAGACAUAUAUUUGCAAUGAAUGUGGGGCAACCUUUACGCGGUACAAGUCACUGACAAAACAUCAGCGGACGCACACAGGAGAAAGACCCUAUCUGUGCCUCACCUGUGGUCGCAGGUUUUCAUGGAGCCAUUCUCUUAGCCGACACCGGAGGACACAUGCGCACAGACAGAUGUCUGUGGAUGCAUCCAAAGACAUAUCAAGUUUUGAAGGACCCUCUGAGAAUCCUAGCAGUUGAGAAUUGAAAUCCUUAUAGAAAGGACAUUUCAUGUUCAAAUAAUUUUCAAACAAUUCCUCAAGCUAAAAUGUACUCAUUUCUAGUCGUUUGUGGUACAUUGAGAAAAAUGUUUUAAGCUUUGUGACAGUUCACCUUGCUGCUUGCUUUGUUAUUUUUCCACAAAAGAUCAGUUAGAAAUUCAUUGUACAUGGCUCCAGUUUGCCCAUUUGUUCUCACAAAUUUUAUAUUGAUCAAAGCCAAAAGGUACAUUCAAAGGCAUCGGUGUUUAUUGAAUUAUGUUGGCUAUUUGUACUCUUGUGUGUUCCCUUUAUGACAAAUUUGGACUUAACUUUAGAUAGUGUGGAAUAAUAUCUCAUAUCAUGGCAUUAAUUCCCAUUUUUUAUUAACCAAAAGAUAUGUCACAACCAAAGAAGAAUUAACCCUGCCAGAAGGCAGGCAACUCUUAAUUUGACAUGCAACCAAACUGAUACUAGAUCAAAUAUUGACCAAAUCUCUGCCACCGUAAAUGGAGAUGCCACGUCUUUACUAAAUCUGAGUAAAUGUCUGCCUACCAAAAGUGAUUCACUUAAUCUGAUGUAUUCUGCUACCUCACUGUAACAGUACCACAGAAGCAACACAAACAUUAACCAGCACAGGAUUUGUGCAUGAUUCGGUCCAAACCAGUAGCUCAGAGGUUUUCUUACUGCAGCCAAUAGAAGGAAAUUAUUUUGAAUUUUGUUAGCCAGUUGCCCACCAUAAACACAUUUGUUUUAGUUAUUUUAUACCAAAUCCUUUUUUAUAAUGAAACCCAUAACAGAAUGGUUAAUGGUGUUCUGACUCAGAGCAGAAAAGUGCUGUUACAUUAUUCUCUAUGCAGGUAUAUUCUUUCUCACCACCACUGAUUGCAGUGUGGCCACAGAAAUGCAAGCUUAAUGUGGAUUGAAGGCAGUGUGCAGCAGCAGUUUCCCUUUGUUAUGAGCUGUGUAAAUUGAAAUGAAUGUAAGUAUAAUAUAUUUGUUUUUUUCAGUUUUAGUUUUAUAUUGAUGCUUAGCAUAUACUGUAUAUUGUGUAGUUACAUAAUCCAUUGAUUUUUCUUAGUGAUACUAUUUACAUACAUGGUAGCUUACUGUCAAUAAACAGCUGCAUUACAUAGUGCUGUAGUUCACCACAUAGUAACAACCCAAUGGGCCCCUUACAUUCAUAAAUACAUAUUCAAGUAAUGUGCUCAAAUAUUUAUAAGUUGUGCCAAUAAUGAUGUGAACUGAACCUUGAACUACAUAAGUUAUUUUAUAGAAAAUACAGCUGCCAAUAAAGUGUCUUAAUAAUAUGGCUAUUGCAAUUAAAGCAUUUUUUAAAUUA